AAUCCUUCCGCGUUGCUGAUUAGAGAGAGAAGAAAGGAUUUCUGCCAAUUUCUAGAAAUGCUAAGAGAGCUCUGACUCUGCAGAGCGUGCUCCUUGAGAAGAGAGAAAUAGAGAGUGCCCCCAAUUUUACAGAGAGGGGCUGUGGAGAAGAGAAAGAAUCACUUUGCCCUAGGCGAAGGAAAUGGUGAAAUUCUCCAUGGAGGUGGCUAGCGAGCCAUUCCCAAGGAAGAGGAGGCUCUCAGAAAUUUCAAAAGAAACUGAAGACCAAUUCAUUAGCAGCAAACCUAUAUCUGUAACAAUCGACCCUGAUAUCUUUGAUUGUGCCAUUUGCAUGGACCCCUUAUCUGGACACGUUUACCAGUGUGAGAAUGGGCACAUUGCAUGCUCCCCAUGUCGUCAUAAGCUUCAGAACUCAUGCCACUCCUGUUUCAAACCAAUCAACAACAGAUGCCUGGCCAUUGAGAAGGUCAUAGACUCCAUGAAAAUCCUUUGCAAGUAUGCAUGCUAUGGUUGCACUGAGAUGAUCAGCUUCUCUCAUAGAAAUGUCCAUGAAGAGAAUUGCCCCCAUUUGCCAUACAGUUGCCCAGUUGCAAAUUGUGUCUUUCGUGGGUCGAGCUUGCACCUCUCCUUCCAUUUUAACGGUGAGCAUAAGGCUUCUGCGAGGUUCUUUAGAUAUGGUGAGUGGUUCACUCUGCUAUUGGAUAAAGAAGAGCCUAUCUACGUUCUUAAUGGGGAGAAUGGUCUCUUGUUUAUCUUGGAUAAUAGGGUCGAGUGUGUGGGGAAUGUGUUUUCGGUCAUGGGUUUUGGGCCGAGCUCUUUGGAGGAGGAGUAUGGGUAUGGUUUGACUGUUAGAAGCGGUCGUAGGUGUUUGAAGUUGGAGUCUUUUCCGAGAAGUGAAAGGCAGAGGGACAACGGUCUAAUGGAUUUCCUUGUGAUUCCUUUGGAGGCAUAUUGUAAUAAGGGGCAGCUCAAGUUGGAGGUCUGUAUAUGGAGUUUGAGUAAUGGGAAAGAUAGUGGGGUUUAGGCUUGAGAGUUUGGAGUACGAUUGGCAACAGAAAAGAAAAGUCUCUCUCUCUCUCUCUCUCUCCACCACAUUCUCAUGCGUGUGCACAGAUUUGGGCUUGGUGACCUGAUUUAUAUGAGGGCAAACUUUGAGCCGUCUCUCGUAUGUACAGACAUGGGUUGGUAAGCUGGUCUGUGUGAGAAAAAACUUCGAAAACUCCCUCAAUCAAUCACCAACCAUCAUACGUGCAGAUGCUCAUGGUAUUGGCAAACUGCUUUGUAAAGACGAGUUUUGGAAAAACUCUCUCUCUAUCUCUCUCUCUCAUGCAGACCACUCUCUGCAAGUUUGUCCCUCACGUUAACCAGUUUCUUGAUGUAUAACCGUCCCUCACGUUAACCGUUCAAUAAUGUAAUUGCAUAAUUUGUAUCUGUACAUUAGUCUUGUGAUGUGAUCUACAAACCUAUUCACUUGUAAAUAUACAUGUAAAUGUAUCACAGGUUUUGUGCGUUAUAGUUUUUAUUUAUAUACUGUA